AUGUCUCGCGAAGCCUACGCUCCUCCUACCCUCCAGCCCGCAAGCUCCAACUUCAAUACCACCAGCACAGACAUCUUAGGAUCCUCAACACAGUACCUCUGCGGCGAGUGCAACGCCAAAGUGCAGCUGAAGAAAGGAGACGCGAUACGAUGCAAGGAAUGUGGACACAGGGUGCUGUACAAGGAGAGGACGAAAAGCGGAAAGAGCAAGGUGCUAUUCGAGAUAUCAGAUGGUGACAUGAUACCCUUCAUAUGCGUUCUGUCGAACAAGUUCCAGGAUCGCUACAUCAAUACUGUCGGAAAAGAGACAGUUGAAUGA